CGCCCCUCAAGUGUUAACUAAACAAUCCGCUACCUGUAAACAACCCAUUAGAUUAGAUACUCCUAAAACCACUACAAUUUUUAGUUCGCUGAAGGAGAAUGGAGGGAAAGCGUCCCGGUUACUCGCACCGUGAAGUAUUGCGAAGGCUGAGAGAGGUAACUCGAUCCAUUGUUGAAGAUCUCGCGAAAAAUCGCUCGCCAAUCAUUUACAUUGAUCGUUUCAGAAAUUACUGCACAGAUGAAUCUGGAAACUGUUCUUGCAGCUCUGGUUUGUCCAAUGGGAAGGAAGUCAUUACACUGAAGAAGGAAUGUCAUGCACGUAGGCUAGAUGUUUUUUUAAGAGUGCUACUAAUCAUUCAGCAACUCCUGCAAGAAAACCGGCAUGGUUCAAAAAGAGACAUAUAUUACAUGCACCCUUCUGUUUUUAAAGAUCAAGCAACCGUUGACCGAGCAAUUAAUGAUAUAUGCAUACUUUUGCAAUGCAGUCGGCAUAACCUGAAUGUGGUUUCAGUUGGGAAUGGUUUAGUGAUGGGCUGGCUACAAUUUGUAGAAGCUGGGAGAAAAUUUGACUGCAUUAACAGUCCAAACACAGCACAUCCCAUUCCCGUUCAUGUAGAAGAGGUUGAAAGUAUGCUUUUGAGAAUGUCAUGACAUGUUAUAAGAUAACUGUGUGAUGUGUAAAAUUUCGUAUGGAAUAAAGAAUUAAGAAGGAAUCCAGCAGGUUGAAUGUGUGAAAAUGCGACUUAUAGGAAAGGAAAAGGUUAGGGGGUGAUGAGUAUUUUUUCUUGUUCUAUAAUUAUUAUUAUUAUAUACUAUUAUUUUAUUAUUAAUUAAUGGUAAGGGAUUAAGGAGAAGUGUCUGAAUAUAAGUGAAGAUACACUGUCUGCACAAUGUUAAGUAAUAUUAACCUCAAUCUGUGCAACUUUUGGAUGGUAUCCCUUAAUGUGUACUCAGGUAUUAUAAGUGUUGCACAGUACAUUUUAGUUGUGGAAAAGGAAUCAGGUAUUACUUGUCAUUUGCAGGGUAGUGAUUCUUUAUUACUUUCAGCAUCUAACCAGGACAUGAUUUGAUACGUUUGUAUACAUAUAUAUGCAGUAUUUCAACGGCUAGCAAAUGAUCAAUUCUGCAAAAGAAAUCAUUGCAUUGUCAUUUCAGGCAGAGGUUAUCCGGAUGUUUCCACUAGGAGAUUCCUGAGGUUGCUCACUGAGAAGUUGUGCCUGCCGACAUAUUGCCUAGUAGAUUGUGAUCCUUAUGGCUUUGACAUCUUGGCAACAUACAAAUUUGGCUCCAUGCAAAUGGCCCAUGAUGCCAAUUUUCUGCGGAUCCCUGAGAUAAGGUGGCUUGGAGCUUUUCCUCUAGAUUGUGAUAGCUACUGUAUUCCACAACAAUGUCUUCUGCCCUUGACAGAAGAAGAUAAGAAGAGAGUUCAAACAAUGUUACAAAGAUGCUACGUGCAAAGAGAAGUGCCUAAAUGGAGAAUUGAAUUAGAGCUGCUGCUACAGAAGGGAGUCAAAUUUGAGCUUGAAGCGUUGUCUGCCUGUUCACUUUCGUUUUUGACAGACGUGUAUUUACCAUCUAAUAUUCAAGGUGGAAGGUAUAUAUGAUUACAUGAAACAUAUUUACCACUCUUCUAGUCUCCCCUUGUAUUCGUUAUGUUUUACUGGGCUAAUUGGGUUAUGGAAAACCCGAUUUUGAUAGUUCAAAGGUGUGGUAGUUUUGGUUAUGGCAACAACAGGAAAGAUAUAUUACUCCGUACAGAGAGUGUCAAAAUGUUUUGUUAUCCAUUAUUCU